AUGGCCUCAGCUUUGAAUAAGAUGGCUUCGGGCGACGUUGUGUGUGCUGGAUGCCUUAACACAAUAAAUUGUCAUCAACAUCUAAAGUGUAGUAUUUGCAUGGAGUUUUUUGAUUUGAUGUGUGCGAAUGUUUCGGAGUGUCGCUUUGUCAAUACUAUGACUUCCACUCAUAAAGCCACUUGGAAAUGCCAAGCGUGCAAGUGCAAAGAACCAAAGGGGGAUAACUCUAAUACUCCGAUCCGACAAACCGCUAGCUUGCAGGUUAUACAAAAUGUCCCUCGAGAGAGCUUGGACAAUGUUACCAUCCGUCGUCGUGCACCGGAGAGCUCCAAGGAUCAGUCCUUCAUGCAGUCAUGUCCUGAGGAUGCUAUUUAUGUGGACCACAUUAAAGAAAUCAUCCGGGAGGAACUGGAGCGCAAUCUUCGUGAAUACGUUGAGGGGGUUAUAUCCAAGAGAGUUUCUGAGCACAUCUCAUCCAUUAUGGUUACCAUCUCGCGUCUAAGGGAAAGAUUAUCUGCACUGGAGCAUCGAGUUGUAGUGCUUGAGUCGAGCGCUCUCUCCCAGUCUCAUAUCACGGAAUCUCCAUUAACAUCAAUCAUAGACCAAGAAGUAACUAUGAGUCGUCCACAGGAUAGUGCGCCUAAGAAUAAUAGUGACGCUUACGUUGGCAAGGACCUCAUGGCUCCUUUAAUAUUGGAGAGGAAGGCCGUAGCGAAUCGCCCGCUCUCUAAAGUUGAAACGGUCCCUUUAGUCUCGCAACAAAAGACCUCGCUGCCGCACAGACCGUCUGUGGUUUUUAAAACCUUAACAGAACAUCAAGGGGAAUGGGUUGAAGUGACUAAGCACCGUCGGCGCAGUGCUCCCCAAAAUUUGCUUAAGGGGAGGGCGGCUCCAGGAAAAACUGGCUUGGAGGCAUCUGAACGUAUUCGUAGCUAUCACCUUUUUUUUGUUAAGAUGGGUACGACUGUUGAACAAGUCAGCGGACAUAUAAAGUCGAUAAUUAACAGUGAUUGCUGCAGGGUUGAGGCAUUAAAAGCUCGUGGUCCCUAUGCUUCAUUUAAAUUAUCUCUUCCAUCUAGAUUGUCGGAUCGAUUGCUGGCGGCAGAUCAGUGGCCGGAGGAUGUCUGUAUAAAGCCCUGGCGAAAAAUUUUUCGUCCCAGAGAGAAACCCGAAGCAAACUAA